AUGCUGGAACGCUAUUGGAGAGCGACAGAAUAUGAGUGUCUCACAGAGCUACUAUUUGGAGAGCGACAGAAUGGAAUAUCAUUGGCUGGAACGCUAUUAGCUGUCAGCCCUGUCUCACCUGUGAUGGCUCUCAUUGGAACAACACAGGCUGUAGCAAAGGAACUUCUUAAUUCGAUUUUGGAUGCUGUUGUUCGGAUAUUCGAGAAACAUGUUAUUGUUGGAGAGCUUCUAGAAUCAAAAUCCUCACAACAAAGUGACAUGAACACACCAAAGUCAAUGGCAGAGAUAAAUUGGAACCCUGAUUCUGAUGCAUCUCAUGAUACUGGAGGCUACAGUAUCGGCUUUUCAUUGACAGUAUUGGCUAUAGUGUUCUUAAUAUAA